GCGGCAGGAGCAGCAGGAGCAGUCCGGGCUUUGGCCGAUCGCUUUCUCGGCGUUGCGAUGGCUCCGCUCCGCUCCGGCCCGGCCUGGUGGCGUCUCCUCUCCUUGGCUAUGCUGGGCACCGUCCUCUGCUGCCGUCCGGGGCGGGCUGAGCCGGAGCCGGACCCGGAGCCGGUCCCGGCGGCGGAAGCGGACCCGGACGUGGCCCCGGACCCGCACGGGCGGCACCUCUACAGCGCGGAGAUGCUGCGGCACGGCGCCGCCGCCGCCCCCCACUUCGUCAUGUUCUUCGCCCCGUGGUGUGGACAUUGUCAGCGCCUCCAGCCAACUUGGAAUGAUUUGGGAGAUAAAUACAACAACAUGGAAAACCCGCAGGUGUAUGUUGUUAAAGUGGAUUGUACUACAGAUACUCCACUGUGCUCUGAAUUUGGCGUCCGAGGAUACCCUACCCUAAAGCUGCUUAAACCAGGACAAGAACCUCUGAAAUAUCAAGGUCCUAGGGACUUCCAGGCACUAGAAAACUGGAUGUUGGAGAAACUAAAUGAGGAACCAUCUGAUCAAGAAUCUGAUGUGGAACCACCAAAAGCCCCUGAACCUAAGCAGGGAAUGUACGAACUCUCAGCAGACAAUUUCAAGAUCCACAUAGCAGAAGGUAAUCACUUCAUCAAAUUCUUUGCCCCUUGGUGUGGUCAUUGUAAGGCUUUGGCCCCAACCUGGGAACAGCUGGCUCAAGCCUUUGAACAUUCAGAAACUGUCAAGAUUGGCAAGGUCGACUGUACCCAGCACUCCAAAGUCUGCUCUGAAACCCAAGUUCGUGGCUAUCCCACGCUCCUGUGGUUUAGGAAUGGUGAAAAGAAUGACCAGUACAAAGGGAAGAGGGACUUUGACUCCUUAAAGGAAUACGUGGAUUCCCAACUACAGAGCUCUGGGAAAGAGCCACCAGCAGAUAAACCUGCUGAAGCCCUGCAGCCACCUGCAGAACCCACCCAUGUUGAGGCUACAGUGCUCUCUCUCUCUGAAAAAGACUUUGAUGCAACCAUUGCUAGGGGGAUCACAUUUAUUAAGUUCUAUGCUCCAUGGUGUGGUCACUGUAAGAACUUGGCUCCAACUUGGGAGAACCUUGCCAAAGAGCAAUUUCCAGGUUUGACCGAUGUCAAAAUAGCAGAAGUAGACUGCACUGUGGAACGUAACGUCUGCAGCAGAUUUUCUGUACGUGGUUAUCCUACACUUCUGCUUUUCCGAGGUGGAAAGAAAGUCAGUGAACACAAUGGCACGAGAGAUCUUGAAUCACUGCAUAGCUUUGUCUUGCGUCAGGCAAGGGAUGAACUUUAAUAAAAGACAAGUCUAGAUGCUCCA